AAAUAAAUAUAUAUUAAAAAGUUUGGUCACUACUCUCAAUAAGUCUCAAAGCUGCUCUUACACUGCACUAUUCCCAUAGUACAGAAUAAAAUUUCCUUUACCCACAAAACCCAAAACCAAAGACGCAUGCUUUCUUCUUCUUCCUCUGCCUUAUAUCUCUCUUUUCAUCCUCCAUAACCAUAAACCUUCCUUUUCUCUCUCUCUCUCUCUCUUCCAUCCAUCAAUCUGCAAACAUGAUUUCUCUCAAAGACUUCUACCAUGUCAUGACCGCCGUAGUCCCCCUCUACGUCGCCAUGAUCUUAGCUUACGGCUCUGUCAAAUGGUGGAAAAUCUUCACCCCAGAUCAAUGCUCAGGCAUCAACCGUUUCGUCGCCUUAUUCGCCGUUCCACUUCUCUCCUUCCAUUUCAUCUCAUCAAACAAUCCUUACACCAUGAACUACCGCUUCAUCGCUGCCGAUACUCUUCAGAAAAUCAUCGUACUUUCUGUUCUUGCAAUCUGGGCUAAUUUCAGCAAAAGGGGUUGUUUAGAAUGGACUAUUACGCUUUUCUCACUCUCAACUCUACCCAAUACUCUUGUUAUGGGUAUCCCUUUGUUGAAAGGAAUGUACGGUGAAGCAUCUGGGACCUUAAUGGUUCAGAUCGUUGUGCUUCAAUGUAUAAUAUGGUACACUUUGAUGCUGUUUAUGUUUGAAUUCAGGGGUGCUAGGAUGUUGAUUUCUGAACAGUUUCCUGAUACUGCUGGAUCGAUUGUUUCGAUUCAUGUUGAUUCUGAUGUUGUUUCGUUGGAUGGACGACAAGCGAUUGAAACAGAGGCGGAGAUUAAAGAAGAUGGGAAACUUCAUGUUACUGUUAGGAAAUCAAACGCUUCCCGUUCUGAUAUUUUCUCACGCCGAUCGAUGGGUUUCUCGUCGGCGACUCCACGCCCGUCGAAUCUGACCAACGCCGAGAUUUAUUCUCUGCAAUCGUCACGAAACCCAACUCCCAGAGGUUCUAGUUUUAAUCAUACUGAUUUUUAUUCCAUGGUUACCGGAGCUAAUGGCCGGAGUUCGAACUUUGGUGCUUCUGAUGUUUAUGGGUUACCGGCGUCUAGAGGUCCGACGCCACGACCGUCGAAUUACGAGGAAGAUGGUUCGAAGUCGAGAACCAAUAACAACAACAGCAAUAACGCUCAUUACCCUGCCCCGAAUACUGGAAUGUUCUCGCCGACGACGAACACGACGGCGACGGCGGUAAAAGGGGGGAAGAAGGCGAAUGGACAAUCAGCAACCCAUUUGAAAUCUGAAGAAGGUAGUAAAGAUCUUCAUAUGUUCGUUUGGAGUUCAAGUGCUUCCCCUGUUUCAGAUGUGUUUGGUGGAGGACAAGAGUACGGUAGUUUGGAUCAAUCUAGGAAGGAAGUUAGAGUCGCCGUCUCUCCGGCGAAAGGUGAAGGAGGAAGAAGAGAGAAUGGUGAGGAGUAUUUACAGAGAGAAGGGUUUAGUGAGAGAGAAACAAUGAAUAUGAACGCCGCCGGCGGUGGCGGCGCCGGCGGUGGUGGUGGUGGUGCCGGAGGUGACAUGAAUGAGAUGAACAAUGGAAAUGGUGGAAAUGUAAAAGUAAUGCCACCAACAAGUGUAAUGACAAGAUUGAUAUUGAUAAUGGUGUGGAGAAAGCUCAUCAGAAACCCUAAUACAUAUUCAAGCUUGAUUGGUCUCACUUGGUCACUUGUUUCUAACAGCAGGUGGAAUGUAAAGAUGCCAGAGAUAAUAGCAAAGUCUAUAUCAAUCUUGUCAGAUGCUGGGCUUGGCAUGGCCAUGUUCAGUCUAGGAUUAUUCAUGGCAUUACAACCUCGAAUGAUAUCUUGUGGGAAUUCAAUAGCAGCCUUUUCCAUGGCUGUCCGGUUCAUCACUGGUCCUCUUGUAAUGGCUGCUGCUUCCAUCGCGGUUGGCCUCCGAGGCAACCUCCUCCGCGUCGCCAUUGUCCAGGCUGCCCUACCACAAGGAAUUGUCCCCUUUGUGUUUGCAAAGGAGUACAAUGUACAUCCCGACAUUCUUAGCACUGGUGUCAUUUUCGGGAUGUUGAUCGCUUUGCCAAUAACCUUACUCUAUUACAUUUUGUUGGGUAUAUGAAAUCCAACUUAUUAUGAUCUCUUAGAAGAAUCUAGCAAAAAGUUAUGGUGGGUCUCGAGGAAGACUCGAUCGUUGGGGAAAGGAUAGAAGAAGAUAGGAAGAAUGUCACAACAUAAUCCUUUUGAGUAUUUGGCUAGAAAAAUGAAUUGUAUGUAUUUAAUCAAUGCUUUUGCUGGUUGUAAGUUGUAACCCAUUUUACUAUAUGGAGAAAAUGAGAAAAGGGUAAUGUGGAAAAUUGAAAUGAAAAAGAAUGGGUUUAGUUAUUUUAUAUUAUCACUUAUUUUCAAG